CCAGUCCCAGGAGGGGGAGGAGGGAUUCCUUCUGGUUCCGUAGGUUUGGGGAGAAGCGGAGAAGGGAGAGCGGAUCGGGCCGGGGAGCCGGCGGACAGCGGGUCGCAUUGGAGAAGACAGAGGGGGGCUGAGUCCGGCCUCUGAGUCCGCCAGCAGCAUGGUGAUGGCGUACUUCGUGGAGAAUUUCUGGGGGGAGAAGAAUAAUGGGUUCGAUGUGCUAUAUCACAACAUGAAACAUGGCCAGAUAUCAACAAAGGAGCUCUCAGAAUUUAUACGGGAAAGGUCGACAAUUGAAGAAGCUUAUUCCCGGUCAAUGACAAAACUCGCCAAGACUGCUAGCAAUUAUACACAACUUGGGACCUUUGGCCCCGUCUGGGAUGUCUUUAAAACUUCAACAGAAAAGCUUGCUGGCUGUCACCUAGAACUUGUCAAGAAAUUACAGGACCUUAUAAAAGAGCUACAAAAAUACGGGGAAGAACAGUUGAAGUCUCAUAAAAAGACCAAGGAGGAAGUAUCUGGAACAUUGGAGGCUGUACAGAGCAUUCAGAGUAUUACUCAAGCCCUGCAAAAAUCCAAGGAACUGUACAACAUCAAGUGUGUGGACCAGGAGAGGCUGAAAAAGGAAGGUGCAGCCCAGAAAGAGAUCGAAAAGACAACUGAUAUCUCACCAAUGACGCCUUCCCCCAUGCCAAGCGUUGUGCAAAAAAUAAAAAAAAUGGCAUCGCUAAAAGCCAAAAAAGCUACAGAAAGCUACAAGGGCUGCGUUGAGAAGUACGCUGCUGUAAAAUCUGAUUUUGAGCAGAAGAUGGCAGAGACUGCACAGAAAUUCCAAGACAUCGAAAAGGCACAUCUCAUUCGGGUUAAAGAUAUCAUUGGUGGCUUUUCUCAUUCUAUCAGUGAGGUUCACAUUCAGAUUGGCCAGGUUCAUGAAGAAUUUAUAAACAACAUGGCAAACAUCACAGUAGAAAGCUUACUAGAACAGUUUGCAGAGUCUAAAGGCACUGGAAAGGAAAGGCCUGGUCUCAUUGAGUUUGAAGCAUGCAAUACAGCCAUUGCAAUAGAAGGAUUGAGGACGAAGAAAAGAAAGCCAUUUGGGCUUCCAACAAUAAUCAAGAAGGAGAAAGACACAGAAUCUGUAGAGAAUGCAGAUUCUGAUUCAAUAAAUGCUCCUACAGUUGAUGAAGAAGGGUAUAGUAUAAAACCAGAAGAUAACCAGAAUUAUACCAAAGAAAAUCAUUUUUACUCCUCGAGUGAUUCUGAACCUGAUGAUGAUGGGCCUAAAAAAUUUCAUGUUGAGAUCAAACCUGUGCAGCCCAAUAAUGGCUCCCAUCACACUAUGGCCUCCCUAGAUGAACUGAAGGUUUCUAUUGGCAAUAUAUCCCUUUCACCAGCACCUUCUAGGCAAAGCCCGGCACACAUGACCCGGAAUGCUUCAAGUGACGAGAUGACCAAACUAAAGAUUUCGGGAACAACAGAUAGAGUCAACAGUGAUCUUCUGGCCUGGGACCCGUUGUUUGGCAACUCAGUCGAAACCUCUUCUCUCUCUUCAUCCAGUUCUACAGCUGCACUAAAGGAGCCUUUUGGGAGUUUUGCUUUUUCUCCCACAUCUCUGACCUCAAGUAAUAAGUUCACAUUUGACUUCCCUAUGUCUGAUCCCGGGGACGCAGCACAAUCUGAUUUUGGUACCAAUUUUGCCCAUAAUGUUGGCACAGUGAAAGCUCAGGUAGAAAACACACAUCCCCAAAGGCCACAGAUUGCUCUGUAUGAGAGUAACAGCCGAACAUUCAUUAGAGGUCGCAAGAAGAUUCAGAGAUUCCAUAGCGCUUUUGAGAAAGUUGACAACAUGCGGUAUUAUUUAUCGGAGAGAACCUUGAGGAACUAUGUUUUGGAAGACUAUGUAGGUUUCUCUAAUGCCAACUAUUGUCUUGAUGAUGUAUUUGUUGAAGAAAACUCAAAUCCUACUGAGAAGUCUUCAAAGUCUGCCUCUAUCAACUGUAGCCUGCCUACAGUUCAUACAAACAAUGUGUCGCCACCUGCACGACCAACCACACCACUCUCGGUAGGCACAAUUGUACCCCCUCCACGGCCUCCAUCAAGACCAAAGCUUCCCUCAGCCAAGCUCAGUGGAAUAAACGAAGUACCACGACCGUUCAGCCCUCCCGUGACAUCGAACACUAGCCCCCCUUCCUCUGCUUCAUUGCCUCGUGCAGAAAGCUCUUCUUCAAUAUCCUCGUCGGCUUCAAUUAGUGCAGCAAAUACUCCCACUUUUGGUAUAUCGCGUGGGCCCAGUCCAGUUACCUUAGGAUCUCAGGACACACUACCUGUUGCUGUAGCGCUGUCAGAGUCUGUUAACGCUUACUUCAAAGGAGCAGACCCAGCAAAAUGUAUUGUCAAGGUUACUGGGGAUAUGACCGUGUCAUUUCCAAGUGGAAUUAUUAAAGUGUUCACAAGUAACCCAUCUCCAGCAGUGCUUUGCUUCAGGAUAAAAAACACCAGCAAGCUAGAGCAAAUUCUACCAAAUACUCAACUUUUAUACAGUGAUCCUUCCCAGAGCGAUAACAACUGUAAAGACUUCUGGAUGAAUAUGCAAGCAGUCACUGCCUACCUCAAGAAAUCUUGUGAGCAGAACCCAUCUGCCUCUUAUUAUAAUGUGGACAUCUUAAAAUACCAGGUAUCAUCGAAUGGAAUUCAGUCCACACCUCUAAACCUGGCCACCUACUGGAAGUGUAACCCCACCACUACAGAUGUCAGGCUAGAUUAUAAGUACAACCCAGAGUCCAUGGUAGCGCCCAGUGCAUUAUCGAAUAUACAGGUUGUGGUUCCAGUGGAUGGCGGUGUCACGAACAUGCAGUCUAUACCAACUGCAAUAUGGAAUUCUGAACAGAUGAAAGCCCUGUGGAAAAUAUCUGCAAUUUCAGAAAAAUCUGAAAAUGGAGGAUCUGGAUCACUCAGGGCAAAAUUUGAUAUCUCAGAGGGACCUAGCAAUCCGAGCACUCUGGCAGUGCAGUUUGUCAGUGACGGCGGCACCCUAUCUGGUGUGGACAUUGAACUAGUGGGCACAGGUUAUCGCCUUUCUUUAGUGAAAAAGAGGUUUUGCACAGGAAGAUACAUGGCUGACUGUUGAUGCUUUUAACUUAAUUUAAUUUUUAAUCGUGGGAUGUAAGCAAGCCGCUUUCCUGUUAAUUUAUCGGAAAUCUUCCACAUGCUGUUUUAAUUAUAGAUAUAUAUAUAUAUUUUAAUUCUUGACUUGUUUAGAAGGUAUUUCUAUAUUGCUGCCAACUACAGAGUAUACAAAUGCACUUUUUAUGAGUCAUUUUGUGGAAUAUCUCAUCAAUUUUAUGUUGUAGCACUGAAUUUUUCUGCAGUCGUGGUAAAAAUUCAGCUAUAGAAAAAAAAAAUAUAAAAAAUUCAGUUUUUGUGUAAAGAAAAAACUUUCCUAUAUAAACCACCAUUCUUUUAUCAAAAAGCAUAAACUGUUACCUUUUUGUAACAAAUCCAAAACAUCUAUGAGCAAUCGUAUACAUUUGUACAAGAUUUUAUACAGUGGUAAGAAGCCAAGGCAUUAAUAUUUAACAAUACCAUUUUUUUUUACAAGCCUUCAUCUGUGAGCAAUUCAUGGUAAUGUCUAUUCGCCUCUUGUGGACCUAUUGCCUAACAUCAUGGAGUCGGCCAUUUUGUGAAUUGAUCCGUUUUUAAUGACAAUGCAGCACAGUCAUUGAAUUUUGGCUUAGUGAUGACUUUAAGGGCAUUUGUUAACAUCAGGCAGAUUUUGAAUUCUCUUACCAGUUUAUGGGAACGCAAAGCCCACUUGAGUCAGGUCAAAAGAAGGUUAAAUACACCUGUCAAUGAAUUUUGAACGAUCUCAGAAAUAUCUCAAAUUAAGGCUAUCCACACAAUAGGCUAGCCAGGCCCUAAAAGACUAACCACUGGUGUCCUGUCAUUCUUGGUCUAACGCAAUUAAUAUUUAUUUGACUGAGUGCAUGUGGAGUAACCAGUAAAAUUGUUGGCUCUUUGGACAAAUCUGUUCCCACGGGUUAUAUGUACCAUUUACAGGCCACUACUCAAAAUUUCUAUACUCCCCGAGUACACAAUUGGUAAGACUGAUCUUUCUACAUCUGUUUUAUCACUGUACGUAUUGUGCUCUAUGCAACAAGUGUUUUACACCAUGGAUGAAUGUAGUACAGUCUGCAUGGCCCAUAGCUACCAGAUUUUCUUUUUUUUCGUGUCCAUAGAAGUUAUUCUUGGGUCAACUGGUUGCUUUCACUGAUAUGGUCUGUCCUUCAUUAUCUGAUGUCAUACUGUUAAUAUGUCUCAUCAAGGAGGUCUCUUGAUGGGGAGUAGUAACCCUUAAUAACCACUCAGUAGUUUACUAGUCUGAUAACACUAAACUUCUAAUAGCAAAACUGAAGAGUUCAGUAUUGCAAUGAUAUUAAUAACGUGAUUAACAAUAGAAAAAAAAGGCUGUUUAGAUAAUCCUGAAUCUCUCGCUUUGAUCAAAACCUUUCAAUAUGCUGGAUAAUUUCUGCUGAUUGGUUAGAAUAGAUUCUUCUGCAAAAACAAUACUAUGCACAAUGUUUCCUUGAAAAUGACUUUACAAAACAAUGUUAAGUCUGCACAGUUAUUACCUUUAUUGUCCAUUCUGGGAGUUGGGUAAGUGGGUAAACAUCCUUUUUUUGGCUAUGUUAGUUUAUUAAAUAGUACCCAGAAUGCCUCAGUUACAGCAAUACAUGGCAUUGGCUCUGCUCACAAAAUGGCUGCUUCUUUAUAGUGGAGGCAAAAGGUCCACUGUGUCAUCAAUAUACUUACGUCCUUUUCUACAAGACAGUUGUCAUCGAUUUAUCCUUUUAUUGUCAAGCGGAACAAGGAACAAGAUCCAAGUCUUUGUUUUGCUUUUGUAUUACUUUUUUGAAUAAGUUCAGCACAAGUGCAAUUACAAGAAAAAAAAAACAGUAGGAUUUUUGUUACGUGGUCUGUCAGUGAAUUUAUUCUUAAAGGCAAACUAGUUUUGUAUAUGCCUUGACUUCUGUGCCUUUCCCAGCCUGCUCCAGUCACCAUCGUUGUUACUUGAGAAUUGAUUUAGUAACUGAUAUAUAAAGGGCUACUUCACUCUGAUUUAUGCAAAUUUCUGAAACACCCCGCACAGACCUCACCUGUUAGGGCAGAUGCUAUUCACUAGAAGUUUUCAGGUUACUUUGCACUGGGAAGGGAAUAGGGGGACAGCACAAAUACACUGACCAAACCUAAUCAGAAAUUCAGGAAAGAGUAGAGAAAAUAAGCCUGAUAAAAUGUUUAUAUGUGAUCACUAUUGAAGUACUGCCCAAAGUGUAAUCCUAAUUGUUUCACAAGUCCACUGCCUGAUUGAUUUAAUAUAUGUAGCAAAUAUUGUUAGUGACUGAGCACAAAUAUAAGCGUUUUUGACUUUCUAUAUUCCCUCUGAACCUUUUUUCACUUCCCCUAGGCUAUUUUUCUAUUAAAGUGGAAGUUCUCCCUAGAAUUACUCUUCUGUGAUUAAAGCGGAGUUCCACCCAAAAGCCGAAGCUCCGCUUAUCUGCCUGCAUGCCCGCAAUCCCCCCCCCAUCCGGUGCCACAUUUGGAACCUUGCAGGUGGGAGGGGGAACGGGUACCUGGUUUUAAACAGGUACCUGCUCCCACUUCCAGGUGAUCUUGUCACGGCGCCUUCACCUGGAACUUCGCCCCCCCCCCCUCCUCCCAUUUACAAAGUACAGCUCGCUUCACGCAUGUGCAGUAGGAAAGUCUUCACUGGCGGUUUCCCUUACAGGCAAUGGCGGCAGCAGCACCCGAGAGAUGAUGGAAACAUCGACUGGGGUGCCAAUAUCGCUGGAUUUUAGGACAGGUAAGUGUCCUUGUAUUAAAAGUCAGCAGUUACAGUAUUUGUAGCUGCUCUCUUUUAAUUUUUUGUGGGGGGUGGACCUCCUCUUUAAACAGCCAUAUAACACAUGUACCUCAAUAAAUGCAUAGCACAAUGUUUUUCCUCUACCUGUGCUCCUAUUGUCCAGCAAUCAGUAUUGCAAAAUGUCAGAUUUGCCAGCAAAACCUCAUAGGUGUUCCCCCUCCCCCGUGCUAUCCACAUCAAUGCCCGGGCACAGCAGAAGCAUUUCCCAGUCAGGCUGUGCUAUCACAAAAUGUAGAUAGCACAGGAAUUACGCAUUUUUUGCGUGGAGGGCUUUCAGAAACGUAGAUAGCAUUAAGGGGGCUCAGUGACAUCAGUUUCAUGGGGUCUCCGGUAAAUGGCGUUUUUUUUUUAAUGCUGAUUGCUGGCCAACUUGAAAAUGGACAGAAGUCAAACAUAGUACAAGGUACAUUUUAUAUGGCUGUUAAAUGUUCAUAGAGUUAUUUUAGGGUAAACUUCCAUUUAUAUUAAUAUUCAAAAACACAUUUCAGAAGGAGAUUUAUUCACUUUUUUUUUUUUUUAAAUGCACACCUUUUAAUUUCUGAUUUUUUUUAUAUGGAUGUCUUUAACAACUGUUACAUUUUUUUGAAUAGACUGUCCAGUUACCCAUAGCAACUAACAAAAAAAUGGACUUGACUUGGGCUUUGCGGGUAAAAAACCCUGUCGUAUAUCUAAUAAGUGCCCGUGUAUACUGUUUGCUUGAAUGUAGUUAAUUCUUUACAUCCCUUGGCGAGAGAAUAAGCAGGGCAUCUUCUGUCCAUGGCCACAACCAUCAUUGUGUCUGCUGAUUGGAAGUCAUCGGUUUUAAGCCAAGUAGUAUAAGGAUAUCCUAAGCAUGACAGUGAAAAAGAAAUGCCUACAGUGUACAUCCUAAUAAAAUUGGGGUUAAUCCUAAACCUUAUUAUUAGGAAAAGAUUUCAGAUGUAGACAUUGUUCAGUUAAUAGGUGCUGCUUUAUAUAACACUGCUUGUAAUAUAACACAUGUAGUUAUGUCCAUAUAUCAAUUCAACUGGAAACCUAUAACAUUAUAUUAAUAAUUGCCUUUCAGCAUAAGGAGGUAGUGUCGGUAAAACUUGAGAACAGGCUUGGUAGUUGACAAUACUGUGGUCAGCUAUGUUUGCUUUUUCGUAGCAUUUUUAAGUCAAUGUUUAAGAAACUUUCCAUACCUGUCAAUCAUUAUACUCAUUCCUUGCUAAGCAGGCUAGUUACAGUCUACUGAGAGACUGUAUAGAGAAAUAAAGGCCAUGCAGUCAUAUGUGCUCAGUAUGGGGAACGUUCUUGUAUCUGAUGACAUGCUGCCUGGUCAUUCUAUCCUAUGCAAAAUAUAAAAGUCAGAAAAAAAGAUACUGCGUACUCCCUUUUUACAUUUUCCAUUUAAAUGAUGAAAAGAGUUUCUAAAUACGAAUUCUGCUUGAUGCAACCCAUGUAUUGUAAUUUAUUAACCUCUUUUCUGCACAUAUUGUACUCCAUUGUGUAGGAAAUAAAUAAUACAAUUAAGUUUUAUUCCUGAGCAUUGUUCUGUCCCUUAGGCCAAAUGUUCUCCACUCACUAAUGUAAAUUAUAGGGAAGCAAAUUGUCCUUUACUGAUAGUAUUGCCUGAAAGCCUAACUGUUAAUCUGAUAAUAAACCAUAUACCUAAAUAUAUCAUUUACCUUGUAUUAUCCUAUAGCACUAUCCACAAGUCAAAUCCUUGCCAUUUUACCUGCCAGAUUCUGUUUUCUGUAUGCCAUAGAUCACCCUUCUUUGCUCAGCUUAUUGUAAACUAACCAUAAUUCAUCCAAAAAAAAGAAAAUGUUCUCAAGAUUUUAGCGGAACGGAUAUUGAACCUACCUGUAAGUAGCUCAUCUCCUUAACAUGAUGAUUUUCUAAUUCUCAAACUAGAGAGAACAAAUAUCACAUUAAAAAGAAUUGCGCAAUAUACUGCCUUUCCUAUAUAACCAGUUACGGUAACUCUACAGAGACAUGAACCACUACAGUUUGUAAAUUCUGCAGAUACGCAAGUACUUUAUAGCACCAAUCAACCUUCCACUACUUGGAAAUAGCUAUUGAUCCUAUAUUUAGUCAGUAUGAAAAGUCUUUUUUUUUUUUUUUUUUGCAACAAACUUAAGCAAUAAAAACAUUGUGCUUUUAUUUUGGGCAACACUUUUACUAUAAAGUUUUUUUUAACAGUUUGAAAAGCUAAUGGUUGACACUUCUGGUCAUCUCUGAUGUAACCUGUUUAGUACUCUAAUCCAAAUCUACCUAGAGUAAACAUACCCAUAUGUUUGGUUGCUUAGAAUUCCUUCUGUUUAGAAAGUAUGUUGUAAGGCUUGUUGGCAGAAGCCAAGGUUUUUUUUGCUGGUUCAUUUAUGCUUGGAUGGGCUGUUGAGGUAGCCUGUAAUACCCAGUGCACAAUGUUCAAAUUUUGCUGAUUGCCACGUGGAAACUAUAUAUCAGGACUAGACAAAGCUAAAUGAGACAGCCAAUGCACCUAAAUCAUGGAGGCUGCCAUUGUUCAACUCUCCUUAAAAAAGUGCUAGUUGCCUGCCUGCCUGCCAUAUUGAUCUUGGAGGCAGUGACCUGGAACAAUUCCAGGAGUUCUGACUUCUCUCCUGAUUUCUGUGUUUGCUCAGGGCCAGUGACUAGGAAAGUAUUGAAGCUAGAGACAUGUAGACAACUAGAAAUCCUAGGAGAUCGGACAUGGUAAUCCUCAUACUUUUCACUACAAUUUUCCGUUAAGACCUUUCUGUUGAAGCCAGUGGAACUUAAAGUUGGUCACCCAGGUUCAAAUCUAGCUCCUCUUCUACACAUGUUUUAUGGAUCUGCUGCAGACCGAUGCAAUGCUUUGUAACCAACAUUAUAUAGACUUCAACGCAACGAUUGCUGCUGAGCUGGUGUAUUUAAGCUUGUUAUGUACAGUACUGUUUCACAGAGGAAAGCUAAAAUACCCAGAUGUCAUUUCUGCAAAGUGAGAGCAUAGGCCAUUUAGUAAAUGGUAACAUAUUCAUACUGGAGAGCAUUAUUAAAAUGCAUCCUAUGCAUAGACAAAUUGUCAGAAGCGCACCAGCCAGUCCUUUUUUUGUUUUCUUAUCCUAUACCUGAUGGAAUCAAAGUCACUUGAAAUGCUGUUUUUCUCUUUUCUUUAGUCAUUUCAGCAAUGCAAUUACUGAAUGGACUUUAUCACAGAGAACAUUGGGAAGUGGUGAGAACUGAGAAAGUUUUAUUGUACAGUUAGUGCUGAACCCAGGGUU